CUUCUGUCCUGCUCCGCGCUCCCGUUCACAGAGAAGGAGGAGAUGAGAAUGAGAUGAGAAGAGCCAUGGAGGAGCUGAGCGCCGUCGGAGAGCAGGUCUUUGAUGCCGAGUGUAUCCUCAACAAACGCAUAAAGAAGGGUAAAGUGGAGUAUCUGGUCAAGUGGAGAGGAUGGUCGUCCAAACACAACAGUUGGGAACCUCAGGAAAACCUUCUUGACCCGAGACUAUUGGCUGCGUUUAACAAGAGGGAGCAGGAGCGGGAGCUCUUGAUCAGCAAAAAGGGGAAACGGCCCCGUGGACGACCCAGAAAAAUAUUGGAAAGCAUUCCAGUGGUGUCCAAAUCAAGCAGCUCGUCCUCAUCGUCCUCAUCUUCUGGUUCUUCAUCAUCUUCCUCAUCAUCUUCCUCUUCUUCAGAUGAUGACGAUGAAGAAGACGACAAUGACAGAAAUCCAAAACUGAGCCCUCGUCCACGAGAGCAUCACCCGGUCCCUCAGAAGAAAGCACAGAUCCUGGUAGCCAAGCCAGGACCGCCGAAGAAGAAGCGAGGGAGGAAAGCACUUCCUCCGGAGCUGAAGGCGCAGCGUCAGGCCAAAGGUCCUCGGAAGUUUCUCAAGCCCAUGUCCAGACACUCUGAGCUUCGAGGGAGCAUAAAGAAACCGCUCAUGCCUGCAAGCUUUACCUACACUGGGUUGAACCGAAUCUCUGGAAGGGAGCCGUUGGCACUUCAAAAUAGAGGAUCUUUUACCCAGAAGAGCUCCUUAAGUUCCCUUGGACGCUCCGUCGGAUCGACCUCAUCACCCACUGUGUUAAGUCGGCCGCCACAAUCCAAAACUGCUUCGGAUUUCAAGCUCUCGGUCUCAGAUAUGAGCAGCGGAGACAUCGAUCCCAGUACGCCCACGUGCAAAUCUCCGGGAGUUGCUGUGUUGAAUAUUCACAGCAGCAAUGGACAGACAUGUCCUAAACUCUCUCCAAAUGUUUUGAAGGCCUCGGAUCAGACUCUACUUCAAAGAUCAGGAUCUCUCCAGAAAUCCCCAUCGAGCUCAUUUUCCUCUCUUAAAACUCCCACCAGCCUUCAAGCUCUCAACCUACAGAGCAUCAACAAAACAGCACAGGGUAACGGGAGCUCCGCAAAUGAUGAUUCGUAUUUGAAGGGUGCCUCCAACGCUGGUAAAAAAAGCUCUGGGUUUAACCCAAGACGCGAGCAUAGUCCUGCGCCCAAUGCCCCAAGUAAAUUCCCAACCAAUCAACAAGUCCUAAAGAGUCCGCAACGGGAUAAAUCCAAAGCGGACUAUUUGUCCGAAAAACUCGGGAAGAAGAAUCAAGGUAGGGUGGACAAUAUACUGGUUCCAACAUCCGAGGGCCGAGACCAACCAGUGCCGGAUAGAUCCUCAUACAAAGAUGCCGGGAAACCAAGCAAGAUCCUGAGCGAGUUGAGCACUGGUGAAGAGGGGAGCAGCUCAGAUUCUGACCAUGAUUCCUCAUUUCCAAGCAACAACCGUGACUUGGCCAUCUCGGUGCAGGCAGGCCAGGACUGGAAGCCGACGCGGAGCCUGAUCGAACAUGUAUUUGUCACCGACGUCACUGCAAACCUGGUCACUGUAACGGUAAAAGAGUCACCCACCAGCGUUGGGUUUUUUAGCAUCCGCAAUUACUGAAUGUUGACAACUGGAAAUGCAGCCACUCUGGGAUAAUCAGAAUAAGUUUAGAAGGAGUCAAAAUGACUGUUUUGGUGCUUCUCUAUGUUUAGAUCCUACUUGUCUUAACUCGAAAUCAGACUGUUUUAGUUGGUCAGUUUAGGAGUCCUUUGAGAAAACGAACGACUGAAGACCUGCUCAAUCAGAGAUGUUUAUCAUUUAUGUUUAUUAGUAAUCUCAGUUAAGCAUAGAUAUUAAGCAUAAAUAUGAUACUGAACAAAUUAUUGACCAUUCGUCUUGGUUUCCACUUCAGGUUUGGUUUCGUGUUCUCUUGACGUUGAUUUUGAGUACAUUAUUAGUGAAGAAGAAAGUCACAAGAUCAGAACAAAUUUAUCCAAAAAUGUUUUAAAGCUGAAUCUCAGAUCACGUCUUCUAAGGUGCCUGUUUUUAAAGCUGGCCUCUGAUCUGCCUGUUAAUUAUUAUAUCUGAAGUUUUCUUUUCUUUUUAGAAUGAAGUUGGGUAUCUUUUAUACAACACAACAGUUCUCUGUUUAUUUAUUAUUAAUUUUUACUGGUUUUUGUUGGAAGGUGAAAUGCUGGAACACAGUAAAGUUUCUUUUUUUUUUUUUUUUUUUACAAAAUUCAGCAUUGUCUGUUCUGUGACUUCUGUCAAACCUACAGUUCCGAAUAUGGAUGAAUCAGUGGUGUAAGAACGACAGUAAAGAAGUCUCUUCUGCUCACCAAGGCUGGAUUUAUGAUUUAUUUGUCCAAAAAUUUUCUAUGUGAAUAUAUUGUAAAAUGUUAUUUAUUCCUGUGAUCAAAGCUGAAUUUUCAACAUCAUUAAUCCAGUCUUCAGUGUCACAUGAUCCUUCAGAAAUCAUUCUGAUAUGAUGCUUUGCUGCUCAAGAAACACGUAUUAUUGUCAAUGUUAAAAUCUUUCAUAAAUGUAAAGUUUAAAAGCAUUUGAAAAUAGAAAUGUGCCUUCAUGGUCUCUUUUGAUCAAUUUAGUCUAUCCUUAAUAAAUAAAAGUAUUAAUUCCUUUCAAACAAAA